AUGGCCUCUUUCCUUCGCCAUUUCAUGAGCAACCGUUCUUUCUGUAUGCGUGCCCUGUCAAAUCACAAAUUUGACAUCACGGUCGACUCGAAUUCUGCUCUUCGCAUUGUCUUCAAACCUUACGAUGAAAUCGUGCCCAAGACCGCGCAGAACUCUCGCGAGCUCGCGCACGGCUUCGGCGACCAGGGCAGCACCUUCCACCGCAUCAUCCCAAACUUUAUGCUCCCGGAUGGUGACUUCACAAGACACAGCGGCACGGGAGGCAAGUCGAUUUAUGGCGACAAGUUCCCUGACGAGAACUUCAAGCUCAGGCACAGCAAGCCUAGUCUCCUGUCCAUGACAUGGCUCGCAGUAACGACAUGGCUUGACGGCCGGCACGCCGUGUUCGGCGAGGUCGUCGACGGUGGGGACGUCGUUGGACGGGUUGAACCCGCGGGCACCGAGUCUGGUCGGCCGAAAAAUCGCGUCCUUGUCGCCUCCUCCGGCACCGCUGACGAGUAG